AUGUGGACUCUGCUCACCAUGCAGCCCCUGGCUCUGCUGCUCCUGCUGAUGAUGCAGCCACUGCAAUUUAUAAUUCUGAAGAACUUUGGUGAUUUCACAGAUGAAAAGCUAGAAGAGUUUGAAGAUUACUUGGGGGACAUAUACAGCCCAGGACCUGCCAAACCUCCUACCAAAGAUACUUUCCUAAGACGUAUUAUUAUCGAUCCUGGAAGACCACUAACUGAUUCAGCCUACUGUACUGAAGAAAUCAAGAUGAAAAACGUUCACAACAAUUUCAGUUGUGUCAGAGAACAUUUCUUCCUCCAAAUAGCAUAUGAGGACGUGCAAAAGACCUGUAAAAACUUAAAUGUGCCUUGUAAGAAUGGAGUUAAGAAAUGUCACAGGAGCAAGGAAGUAAUAGAAGGAGUCUAUUGUAAUUUAACAGGAGGAGCUAAAAUGACAGACUGUGAAUAUGACUCUUUUUAUAGGCAGGGCUAUGUCCUUAUUACUUGUCGAUGGCAAAAUAAUAUUCAGGAAAUUGUUCCUGUUUACGUAGAUGAUAUUAUGGCUCUGGAUAAUGAUGUGAAAGCCAACAUCUACCACAAUGCAAAAAAGUAG